AUGGCGGAUUAUAAAAUCAGGCAGGCUGUAGAGAGUGAUUGUGAGGAGAUACUUCGGCUUAUACAGGAGUUGGCUGACUUCGAAAAAAUGGGAGACAAAGUGGACAUGACUGUCGAAAUGCUGAGGAGAGAUGGAUUCGGGGAACAGAAAUUUUUCCAGUGCCUUGUUGUUGAAGAUACGACUGCGAAAGGAGCGGAGGGCACGGCUGUCCUGUGGGGGUAUGCCUUGUAUUACUACGCCUAUUCAACAUGGUCAGGUCGUGUGAUGUACCUUGAGGACCUCUAUAUAUCACCUGACAAACGAGGGCGAGGUAUCGGUACCAAAGUCUUCCAACAAGUAGCACAGAUUGGAAUAGCUAAUGACUGUACAAGGAUGCAGUGGGUGGCCCUGAACUGGAAUAAGUCGGCCAUAGAUUUCUACAAGGCACGUGGAGCAUGGGAUCUGACCGAGUCAGAGAAAUGGAACGUAUUCCGGAUGGACAGACCAGAGAUGGAACAGUUAGCAAAGUCAGACUGA